GACCAUGCUAAGCAUGAUAAGCUGAAUUAGUUUAAGUUUUUCUUUCUGAUGAGUCGGUAUACUUCUCCUAUGCUGUAAAAAACGAAAGAGUAAUGGACAUCUUCAAGUCGAAAUCACAUUGCAUAUUAUUUCUGCUUCUUUGUGUUGCUUAUGCUGAAACAAAUCAUGGUGCCGUAAAACGCAGCAUUGAUAUGCCAGCUUCCUAUGCACUAAGUACAGAUGAUCGGUUGACAAAGGAUGUAAUUCCGAGUAGUUAUGAGCUUAAGCUGGAACCUAACUAUGAAGAGUGUACAUUCAGCGGACUAAUUAAGAUGAACUUGAUUUGGAAAACAGAUUCAAAGAAGAUUUCGUUUCAUGCCCAUUUUGAUCUGAACAUAAACGACAGAAAAGUUAAGCUACAAAAAAUUGACACGAAUAUCAGUGAUAUGAGCCCAACGUACGUGACAAUUCUGCGUGGUAGUCGAAUUCCAAAGAAAACAAUAUAUGUGGUAUAUUUAAAAGAAAUAAUUCAGCAAGGUACUGAAUGUAUUUUAGAGAUACCAUUUGAAGGAAACAUUUGGAGCAGUGCAGAGGGACUGUUCACGGGAUCUUUUACAAAUUUAACCUACUUUGCUACUAACUUGAGAUUAAAUAAUGCACGCCGGUUAUUUCCUUGCUUUGAUGAGCCAGAGUUCAAGGUCCCGUUAACCGUCUCCAUUACAAGACAUAAAGAUUUUAUAACGAUUUUCAAUACACCACUAAAUCAAACGCAUGAGCAUCCAACUUUAAAAGACCAUGUAAUAGAUUACUUUGAAAAAACACCUCCCAUGUCUUCGUUUACAUUUGGCUUCGUGACAUCAAAACUUCAGAAGUUUAAUGGAGAUGGUUUUAAAAUUACAGAGACUAAAGACUCAACAGUGCUCCCACAACCCGAAAUAGAGAUCUGGACUUUGGCAGAUCGUCAAAUUCGAUUGGAGGAAACAUAUAAUAAAAUUUUAACUAUUUAUCAAAAAAUUCAAAAUUACUUUGGAGUGCCUAUUCCCCUAUCAAAAGUUGAUGUGGUAAUCAUACCGGAUCUUUCAAUAGUACACCCUAUAGACAACUGGGGCUUAUUGAUUUUAAAGGAGAGCGAUAUCAUGAAAAAAGGUUAUUAUGACUUAACUCAAGAAUUUAUUUACCAAUGGAUUGGUUCGUGGGUGACUCCUGAGUGGUGGAAUGAUGCACAUCUUAACAAAGCACUAGCGAGUUUCUUAGCAUCGGAAAUUGUAAUGCAGAUAGAUGGAGGCGUCGAGUUUAACGGAAAAUACCCCAUGACUACGCUUUAUUCAUUGUACUAUGAAUUCAGUAAGCGAUACCCCCACUCACGCAUUACUGGAAUGAAGCAAGAGACAAUUUCUCAUAAGACAGAGCUAAUUUUACGGAUGCUAAAUUUUACUUUAACCCAAAAAACGUUUCAAAAUGGAAUCAGAAAUUUUAUUUUUGAUCAUCAAUAUAAUACAUUUGUUGGUGAUGAUCUAUGGGAAUCGUUAACUUCCCAAGCACUAAAAGAUGGCACACUUAAAAGAUCCUACAAAGUGGCGGAUAUCGUCAAUACAUGGUUUGCACAUCAUCGCCUUCCAGUCGUUACAGUCCGCAGAGAUUAUGAAGAAAAGACUGCGAUUGUAGAACAAAAAGUGUAUCUUAGAGAAAGACCCCAUGACGUACCAGGGCAAGACAAAAUGAUCUGGUGGAUUCCAAUCGUUCUAAAUCUUCAAGAUUCUCUAAACUUUUCAAAUUGCAGUCCAUAUGUCUGGAUGGAAAAAGCUAAGCAAUUAAUUUUAAAAAAUAUGCCACAGAAAGAUCUUUUUAUUAUUAUAAAUCAGGAAGAAAUUGCACCAUUUCCAGUUAACUACGAUGAUGAAAAUUGGGAAAUGCUAGCCAAUUUCUUGCAAACGGAUAUUGGACGAAAAUCUGUUCCGACGUAUACAAGAGCUAAACUUCUACAUGACGCAUGGAAUCUGGCAUACGCAGGCGAUCUUAGCUUUACCCUUGCUUUCAAUAUGACCCUUUUUAUGAAAUUUGAACGAAAUCAUAUUGUAUGGAGUCCGGUCUUUACAUUCAUUGAUCAAAUUGGUCGUCAUAUUGAUAUGUCAGAAGUACACUCAAAAUUUGAGGCAUAUGUCUUAUUUUUGUUAACGCCUUUAUAUGAAAAGUUAGGACUUGAGCAAGAAACCGAGGAUAACUGGAAAUCGGAUCUUCGAUCAUUAUCUAAAAGGUUUUUGUGCCAUGCAGGAUAUAAACCAUGUAUUGAAGAAGCUGAAGAAACGUUUCGAACUUGGCAGCACACUGUCAAUCCAAACUACGAAAAUCCGGUACCAAAUCAUUAUAUGUGUCCCGUAUUCAAAUGGGGCUCUUUAGAGGAGUGGGAGUUUGGACUACAACGCGUGAUGCAAUUUCCAAAAUCACGAACACAAAGUGAAAGAACGCAUUUACUAAAAGCUUUAGCAGGUUGUCCAACACAACCUGAAAAGAUUAAUCGACUUUUGCAAACAUCGAUUUUGGAAGAUCAUUCCAACUUUACAGAAAACGAUCAAUUUUUAAUUUUGACUUCAUUAACUGGUGGAUCUAGUGGAUAUUAUUCAUUGUUAAACUUCUUAACUCGUAACUGGAUGGCGAUUCGUGAAAAAUUUAAACAUAAAACCAAUUUAUGGGAUCAUUUAAUUGGAUCGGCCACCGGCUUUUUCUUAACCCAAAAGGGCUAUGAAUUGGUCCAUCAACUAUACCAAGAAAGAUCUGGUGAAUUCGAUAGUGCACAACACAUUAUUGAAAAAUCUCUUCGAAACAUCAAAGAAGAGAUCAAAUGGAGUGAAGAAAAUCUUCCGGUUAUCGAAGCAUGGCUAGAUAAUUUUUUGAAGAACAUUUAAACUUUUUUGUUUUUUGAAAAAACUGAUAAUAAAUUUGUUAGAUUUAAGUUUUGCAUAACAUAGCGGUGGGAUUCAUGAAACAGAUUCGGAUUUGGUUUCGUUACAGAUUUCAUUUCGCCGAUCAGCUGUUCACAACUGCUCCAUACAAAAUGUGUAGGGCUGCCAGGCAAAAUAAAAAAAAUAUAAUACGGAAAGUGUGGCAACCCUAUGAGAUUUCACGAAAUCUGGUCCGAGGCUGAUUUUGUUCUGAUUUCAUUUCGAUAAUAUGUGAGACCGUGCAUUUCGAUAACAUUAUUUGGCCACACUUGGUGUUUGCUUACAUUUUGGGGUGAUUUCAAUUUGGAAAAUGUUGAAAGUUUCUUGCAUUUCAAGAAUGGAUAAUUUAAUAACUAUAUAUUUAAUGCAGAAAAAUUACCAAAGAUGUGCCUGAUGGAUAUGACAGCUAAGAAAGGGCUGUGAGAAUUGAAGAUAAUGCACCAAAACACCUAAAAAAAAAAAAAAGACGCAGAUAUAAAAGGAGCUGUUAAUGUGUAAAACUGCAGCUAAAGCAUUAUAAACAAUUAGUAUUAUUCUAAUUAAACUUUUCUGCAACUAAACAGAUUUGAAUAACCAAAUCAGUGUGCAAAAAGGGUCGUUCCUGAAACUGAUUCAGAUUUGCUUAAACCAAAUCGAAAUCAAAUCCGAGUUUGUUUCACUAAUCCCACUAGCAUUUUAUAUUUUAUAAGAAUAUUAUUAUUAUAGUUUAAUUGCUAUCUAUUUGUUCUCAUGUACAUAUAGAUCAUUUAACAAAUUCUUGAGUUUGCUAUAUUCAUGGAUCUAAGUUAUAUAAACCUUUGAAUAACUGAGAAACAAAAAUAAUGAAUAAAGGUUUUUUGCUUUGA